AUGGACCUGGAGAGCGUCUGGCCAAGAUUAGCACGAGAGUCUCUCCGCGGAUCUGGAAUCACGCCAUGUUACUCGCACCGGCAAACAGAGAUAAACACACUCUCGCAGUCCAGAGAUGACGCCCUGAUGAUGGGGAUGGGAGAAUCAGGCUUAGCGUCCAGUGGCGGCGUCGACGACGUCGACUCCAAGAUGGAGGCGCCUACCCGGCCGACUUAG